AUGGAGGAGGAAGUACGCGAGGCAAAUGCGGAAAGAAUGUCGGAUAGUGAAAAGUUUUCAGAAAUCGGUACCGAGCGAGAAUACAGAUAUAAUGAUAAUUUUUUUAAAGUGGAACAACCUCCGAACUCGAAAGAAGAGGAACUUUACGAGGAAACGGAAUGGGAAGAGGAAGAAAUACCGCCUACACUAGAUUGGGAGAAAGAGGCGAAGAAGAAAAUUUCUAUAACAUUCGAAAUAAAAGAGAUAGAUGAUAUGUCAACGGAAAGACAAACGAGAAGACGACAAACUAUCCAUGAUCUUCCCUCUUACGCCCCUUCUGGGCCGUUAGCGAAUGAUAUUUUGAAAUUUGACAUGAUAACCGCGGAGCCACGAAAGAAAAUUCGAUAUUCCGUGUCAUUGGGAGUGCCGGGAAUUAUAAGAAUCGAUCUCUCGCCACUGACACAAAAGAUAGUCGGCUGCAUUGUCGGUAAAGAUGUCACCACGGAAUAUCCAUGGGUUCACGUUAAGAAGGAAGUUAUAGAAGAUAAUAUAGAUUUACAUUCUGAAAGUAGCGACUUUCUGCCGGUAAAGGACGAGAUUCAUGCAUUUCCUGACGAAAAGAUUCUCAUCGGCUAUGCACCGUCUUUGUCCGAAAAGGGACAAUUCUACAUUGUCCUCACUGAACAGGGUAGAGAUAUCGUAGAGAAAUAUAUAAAGAUGCAAUGGGAGGAGUACGCGGACCGCGUGAAAAGUACGAUCUACAAAAUUCUUGGGCAAUGGUACGAUUUGGGAAGUGGUGCCGAGAUCGAUGACAAUAUUGUCAAAAACACAAGGCCAUUAUUCGAAAUUGAGGUUACGUCUACCGCUGAUUUACUGAACGCGCCUAUAAAUCUAACGGAUAGAAAGGCGGAUGAUCAGACGAACGGAUACAUCGAGCUGUUACCGUCGAGCCAACAAAUAUUUGAGAAUGUAUGGCGUAAAUUGGUAAGCAGGUAUACGCAAGUGACGCCGAUCGUUCAACACAACGAGGCGCAAACGGCGCCAUCGAUACCUGUCAAUUCCGGCUACCAAUAUCUGUACGAAUACGAGACAGACGAUUUGUCUACUUACACCAGGGAAAGGAUAAGGUCCUUAAAGGACUUUCUGAAACGUUACACCAAUAAAAUUUGCGAUCAAGUUUUAAUGAACUCCGUAUGGGAUAUAUAUACGAACGAUUAUGAAAAUUUAGUGCGCAACGCGAAAGAUACGCAAGCACCAGUGCCAAUAGGUUACGAAGAACAUCAGAGCUAUUACAGGAAGAUUAUUGUAGACAAAGUUAUUAAUGAUCUUUGCUGGCAUCCAUUCUGGACCGGAACAGCGAUAGCUACUUACACGCAACAUGCGAAGGGCGAGCAUUUAAUAGGCCCCAAAACUUACGACGAGGUAUUUUUAGCCAGUAACGGUAAAAAUCACGUACUAAUAUGGUCCUUCACUGAUAGUUUAUCGCCUAAACUAAUUCUUGAAUGUCCAAGAGAAGUGACCUCCGUUGCCGUCUGUCCUCUCGAUGCUACUAUCAUUGUAGGUGGCUGUAUUAAUGGUCAGAUCGCCAUAUGGCACAUUCCCGGCAAAAUCGAGCAGGUGGAGACGGUGGUGGCACAGACGGGCGUCCAAACGAAGUACAGCAUCGCGAUGAGGAGCCUGAUGACAUGGAUGUACGAGACGACGGCAACGUCGCUGAUCAGUCCGACGGCGAUGUCCUCUCUGAAGUACAGCCAGAAGGCGGGCAUCACCCAAAUAGUCUGGCUGCCCUCGCAUCACAAGGUCGACAAAAACGGCUUGAUCUCAUCCCUGCCGGAAGACGCGCCCCUGGACGAUCUAAGUUGUCAGUUCGCCACCGCCAGCGAAGAUGGCACGGUCGCCUUUUGGGAUCUUAAAUGGCGGCCUUCGGAAAAGGACAUUCGACAAAUUCGUAACAGAAAGAAGAAGAUCCAUUCGGACGUUCAAAAAUCCAUGGAGCAAUCCGUGUCGCCCUUCAAGGUUCUCGAUCGCGUCUUUAAGCCCAACUAUAUCCUCGUGAUUCAAUAUCCGGACGAGAGUCGGCAGCUCGUGAUAACGACUCUCAGCAUGUACAAUCCAAAGUUUCACAAGGAACAAGUCGAACCGUUCCCGGUAGCAAGGGACGACCUCACAAUUAGAAAGUACUACAGACCCAUAAUCGAGAAGGAGGACUACGUCAUGGAGCCGAGGAUGCUCAUCGGGACCGUCGAAGGUGAUUUUGGCUGCAUAACGUGGACUGGCUACGAAUUCGCUACCGACAUGAUCGUGAAUCGCGAAACGGCACGAUGGCUCUGGAUAAAGAGGGCACACGACGGGCCGGUUACGCACGCGAUCAGAUCGAAUUAUUACCACCGGCUGGUGGUCACAAUAGGCGGCAGGAUCUUCGCCCUGUGGAGGGAUGAUUUCGGCGAGCCGCUCGUCUGGAAGAGAUCCAACGUCAGAUAUACGGCAUGCUCGUGGGGUAUUUUGCGUCCGACUUUUCUGAUUUUGGGACGAAUGGAUGGAACCGUAGAAAUUUGGGAUCUUAUAGUCAAAAGCCAUGAACCUAGUUUCGUGCAAAGUCUGUCCGGACGGAUAAUUACAGGCAUUUACACGCAUGAGUUACCCUUGGAACCGCAGUGUAUUGGAUUUUGCGACUUCAACGGGUCUUUAAGAAUAUUUACGGCGCCGCGUGUCUUGCUGACGUAUGACGUAAGCGACGUCGAAUGGCUGAAAAAAUUCAUCGAUCGACAAGUUCAAAGAAUAAGCGAGUUUCAAGUCUGGCAGAAAGUGUGGCGCGAAACAAAUCUCGCGGUUAUCGAGAUGAAGAAAAGGCUCGAAAAAAUGAAGAAAGAGCGCUUGGAAGUCAAGGAGAAGAUUAAAGCCGACACGAUUGAAGCAGCGGCUCGCGCGAUUACACCUACAAAGCCCACGCGUCGGAAACCCUGGCAGUUCCUCGAGGAAGCCAAGAAACGGUGGAUGUCAAUGGAAGUAAAGCGCAUGCAACGAUUGAUCCUGGAGAAAAAAGGGCUGAGAAAAGAUGUCAUCGAGAGGCAACGUGCACCGGUUCUUAGGUUGCGGCAAGAGGCGAGGACAAAGAAGCGCAAGAUACGGGAGAUUCUGAAUCUGCAGGACAAGAUCUUUGAGGAAACCAUCGUGUUCCUCUUUCCGGAGCAAUAUCAGGAGCGUAGAGAAACUUUGUUACCACCUUUGCCAGUCUCUGCGGUCGACAGACGCUUAACGAUCGACGAGUUCAUUAAGGGGGAAAUCGCUUUACGGAAAGAAGGCGUUUUUGCCGAUGCUGAAGAAGAAAUUAUAUACAAUUUUCUGGAAGUGCAAGCCGAGGCUCUGGCUAAAUUAAAGAGCACGCCUUUCGAACGCACGUUCGACUGGCGCAAAGUACUUGCGCGAGGAAAGUCGAGGAGAAGAUCGAUGGACAUCGAACUAAAGAAGUUGAACAGACCAAAGAAGACGUGCAAAGUGGACGGUGCUGUAAACGAUGCAUCAUGUCUUGCCUCCAAUAUAUAA